CAUUGUCAUUGCUAGAAGAUUGUAACAUCUCCACCCCAACCACCACACGUCACUAUUUGCACGACUACCAUACCCUUACCAUCCCCUACCGCCACCGCCAUCACCAUCGCCAUCACCAUGAUUGUCGCCGCCACCACUUACAAUUGUAACCAUCAUUCUUACACCAUUGCCGCCAUCACCACCAUUAUUGUUUCCACCGUGACUGCCAAUAAAGCUGCAAUCGCCACUACUGCAGCUGCCAGUGCUACCAUAGGCAAUCCAACGUCCUACAAAAACCCUCAUGAUUCAUGCAGAGCGUCACCUGGUUUUUUUUUUUUUUUUUUUUUUAAACCUACUUUUAGAUUCCGUCCUUUUUAAACGUUGCGCGGAUUUAUUUUGAAUUUUAGUGAUAUUUAAGAAUUUAAUUUGAAACUUUAAAAGUAAGUUAGUAAAAUUGGAAUUAUCUGUCGAAAUAAUAAUAUAAUACAUAGUUUCUCCUUCCUCAAAAUCAACCCUUUCAAUCAUUCCAAGGACAAAUCGCUCUCUCUUUAAGUCUCAUCUGGGUCGGGUAAAUUUCUUUCUUUGGUUUCGGUUUUUCUUCAAUCUGUCUUUCUGGACGGCCAUUUUGGUCAAUUUGAUGCUUCUUGGCUGGCUGGUGUUCUUUUUCUGAGUUCGAUUAUCGACUUGUGUGGUUCUGAUUUUGUUUCUUGAGUAAAUACUUACCGAUCUGUAAUUUGUAUUCUGCCAAAUGGGGAAAAAUGGUAACUUUGGGCAUCAGGGUUUUGGUACUUGACCUUUCUUGUUUGAUCUGAUUUGGGUUUUCUCGUUUGAGGUGCUUAUGUUGCUUUCUGGGCAACUGGGUUGUUGUUUGUAUGGAUGUUUGCUUGAAAGCUAAAGCUCCCUCUCUCUCUCUCCCACUCCUUAUACGAAAGAUAAGCCAUUUGGGUUUUUGUUGACUUUAUCAUAUUUGUAUGGAUAUUGAUUUGAAGUUAGUGUGAGCUGGUUUUGGUAAUGCCUUUAGGUGUUAGUGGAUUCAGGAUGUAGUUGUUCGUCGCUUGUCUUUUAAAGGUUUCAAAAUUGGAAUAUGCUGGCUUUUGCACUUCUCUUUACUUUUUAUAUUCUUCCUUCGUUGAAAGCGCAUUGUGUUUGUCUUAAGUUUUAGCUUAAGGUAAUUAUGCGUGUAAUUGGAAUUUGGAUUAUAUUGACUCUAAUGAUCUUUGUUUUUGUGAGGAUCAUUUCUUUCAAACAUAUCUUGUAUUCAGAACUUUAUUGAUUUAUAUUUUUGUAAAUAUAGCAAUUGGAGAAAAACAGGCCGAAUCUCUUUUGCAGCUUUCCAAAUCAUUGAUCCCCUAUCUCACGCUCAAACAAACCUUUUAGAGAGCCAAACUGUAGGAGAAACCUGUGUUUUUGAUGCUCAAAUCAACUCAACUAAGCCUUUAUCUGGAAACUAAGCAAUCUCCGCUAGUCUCGCAAAAGAAAGUGAGAAAAUGAGAAUGUGAAAAAUGUAGGUUACAAGAUGAAAGGAUGAGAGGAGAGAUUUAAUUGUUGCAUGUCUUAAUUGAAGUCAAACUUGAUUGAAUUUCAGUGAUGUGUGAUAACUGUUUAGGUAGUAUCAGUGGUAAUUCUAAGGGGACAGAUACAAGAUUGGAUUGAUAGUCAUGAGGAUUUGGGAAUGUAUGUUUCACAAUGGUUCUGGGAGGCAUAUCGGCUUACGGCUUUCCUUAUUCUAGCACUCUAAUCAGUGCAGUUGGGAAUUUUGUGGCGCAUAAAAAAGCUGAAUUGCUGAUUCUCUUCUUGGUAGCCAAAGUUUUCUUGAGGACUUCAUUCCUUUUUUUUUCUUAUGGCUACAAAUGAAAAUCUCCCACCAAAUGUAAUUAAGCAACUUGCGAAGGAAUUGAAGAGUCUUGAUGAAUCCCCUCCUGAAGGCAUUCAAGUUGGGCUUAACGAUGAUGAUUUUUCAAUCAUAUAUGCUGAUAUUGAAGGGCCAGCUGGCACUCCUUAUGAGAAUGGUGUUUUCCGCAUGAAGUUGUUAUUGUCCAGGGACUUUCCGCACUCUCCUCCUAAAGGCUACUUCCUGACGAAGAUUUUCCAUCCAAACAUUGCGACUAACGGUGAGAUUUGUGUCAACACCUUGAAAAAGGAUUGGAAUCCAAGUCUAGGAUUACGACAUGUUCUGAUUGUAGUUAGAUGUCUAUUGAUUGAACCAUUUCCAGAAUCAGCGUUGAAUGAACAGGCAGGCAAGAUGCUCCUUGAAAAUUAUGAGGAGUAUGCAAGACAUGCAAGGCUUUAUACUGGAAUCCAUGCUAAGCCAAAACACAAGUUUAAAACAGGAGCUAUUUCAGAGUCGACAACUGCACUGAACGUUGAUCAAACUAACACUUUGACGCUUAAUGCUGAUCAAAAGAACACAGCACCCGGUGCUGCUUUGCUGGUGAUCUCUGCAUCCCCAUCACUACUGGCACCUAGUACAGUCACCACAAGAGGAAAUGGUCAGGAUCAGGCACCCGUUGUAGCUCCAAUGGAGACGGGAGUAGGUGGGUCUGCUACUACGGUGAGGAAGGAAGGUGGAUUGACAAAAGCACAGGCAGAAAAGAAGAAAAUAGAUGCGAGAAAGAAGAGUUUGAAGAGAUUAUGAAGUUAAGAGGGAUGAAUGAUUGAUUGGAACUUCUGUUAUGCAGUUUGUGACUUAUUUGUCCUUGAUUGAUGGAGGAGGAGGAGGAGGAGGAGGGGUUAAAAAAGCCAAAGAGCCGAAAUGCAUGUAAAGUACAUGAAUUUGAGAAAAGUGAUGGAUUAAAUUUACCCGCUUGCCGCCCCUUUCGUUUUCGUUGGUCUCUUCUCUUGAUAUGUUUGUGGUAUUUUCUGACAAGGUUACGGUGAUCUGAUUUAAAUUGCUGAAACUUUGACU